GAUUCCUCUUUCACAACUUUUUCGUAACCUGGAGGAUUGAAUACCAAAGUGAAAAUCCAUUUAUACCUGCUGCCUUCCAGAUGUUUGGGUUCACAACUUUUGGAAAUCCUUAUCAUUGGCCUUACUGGCUGGGGCUGCUGGGAUCUUAUCUUCAUUAGACAUGUGGAUUUUUGUAGAAGUUCAUUGCUAUGGACAGUGCUAUCACCUUGUGGCAGUUCCUUUUGCAACUUCUUCAGGAAUCUCGAAAUAAAGACAUUAUUUGCUGGACCUCAAAUGAUGGAGAAUUCAAACUUUUGCAAGCAGAAGAGGUUGCCCGCCUUUGGGGAAUCCGUAAAAACAAGCCCAGCAUGAACUAUGACAAACUCAGUCGUGCACUCAGAUAUUAUUAUGUAAAGAACAUCAUCAAAAAGGUUAAUGGUCAAAAGUUUGUUUACAAGUUUGUAUCUUACCCAGAGAUAUUGAAUAUGGAUCUGCUGGUUGUUGGCAAGAUUGAGGGUGAAGCUGAGGCAGAGGCUGGCUUUGUUGAUACUAGCAACUCUAUGAAGGACAUUGAAACUUAUGGGAAAGAAAAGCAUCAGGCCAGUGUGAAAUCCUCCAGUCGCAAUGACUAUAUCCACUCAGGCCUAUAUUCUUCAUUUACUUUGAACUCUCUUAAUUCCUCCUCUUGUACAAAACUGUUUAAGAUGGAGAAUUCAGCUGAGAAGCUGACAGAAAAAAGAACUCAGGAUUCAACACCUUCAGUCAUAAAAUUUGUAACCAUGUCCUCCAAAAGGCCUUCUGUAUCUCCCCUAGCCUCAGCUACUCAACUGACCUCUACUAUCUCAGCUGCCUCUAUCGUACCUUCAGGUUCAAAUGAAAGCCUCCAGGCCUUGGAAUCUCUAGCAACAUCUAAAGGUGCAGCCACUGAAAGUUCAGCAUCUUUGACCUCUAAUUUUAAUUCUACAUCUCCUGCAACCUCCACAUCUCCUAGUCUCCGGGUUCCACCCAAAUCUCCUUUGCCACCAUUACGUUCUAAUUCUGAUCUGGUUGUAGACACAGAAACCGAGUCUGUAGUUGGCCAGCAGUUAGAGCACUUUCAGAAUCACGUCUUGGAGGGUAAAGAGAUGAGUUCCUCCAUGUUUGAAAAGAAUCUUCGUCAUAGCAGAACUAGAAAGCCCAAAGGACUGGAGAUUACUCCCACUCUGGUUAUUACUGGAAGUGAUCCCAGUCCACUGGGAAUACUGAGUCCUUCUCUACCAACUGCUUCUCUUACACCAGCACUUUUUUCACAGACACCCAUUUUACUGACACCAAGCCCCUUGCUCUCCAGUAUCCAUUUUUGGAGUACUCUCAGUCCAGUUGCUCCUCUCAGUCCAGCAAGAUUACAAGGUGCUAAUACCCUCUUCCAGUUUCCAUCAGUGCUGAAUACUCAUGGACCAUUUACUCUGUCGGGAAUGGAUGGGCCUUUCACUCCUGGCCCUUUCUCCCCAGAUUUGCAGAAGACUUAACAUACAGCCUUUUUGAAAAUGGACAGCUUGGACUAAAAAGAGAAGAGGUUUUAUUAAAAAUGGUGCAAUCCAGGUUUUAAAACACAGUUUUUAAUUCCAUAGAGACAAUUUACUUGGUUUUUGCUAUUCCCAGUUUAGAUGCCUUUGCAAAAUUCUCUUUAAGACAUAUGAGAAUUCAUAAGGAAGUGCCUUAAUUGUGGAGAUUCUUCUCCAGAGUUUCUAUCUCCCCUUACUGCUUCUUUUGAAUGAAGAAGGCUUCUUUUAACAAAGAACACAUUUUUGUAUUAUAAUGAGGUAUUGGAGAGAACAGCCAACUGAUAUCAGAUGGUUUUUGACUGAUAUCCUUCCAUUCCUUUGCUUUUUGUUUUUUAUGUUAAAAUAUGAUUUCAUGGAAGCUGGCAUUCCAAGAAAUACUUGGAAAGUGAAUAAGAAGAUUUAUUUUUUACAGUGAAUUCCAAUGACCUUAAAAGGUUUUAGCAUUGCAACUUAUAGUAGUGUAGAGUUGAGCAAAAAUUUUAAGAAUGGUUGCUAUGGAUAAGAAAGCUCUUUUUUCUUUGGCAAAAAUUGUCAUUUCAUCCUCACAUAAUAGUAUGGUAGUAUGGUAUUAUGUAUGCUUGAAUGGCAUAGUUCUACAUAGAUCAUGGAUUGAAUUGCUUUCAUCUUCCCAAAAUAUUUAAAGGUGUUAAUAUUUGAUAAGCCAAGUCAGGAAAAAUAAAAGCAAAUCCCUUGUUGUUUAAUAAACAAUUUAGCAGAUUGAACUAAUUAAAGAAACUGGCAGUGGAUUUAUGGUGGCACUGAAUUAAUAAGCAUUUAUUUGACAUGCAGUGGGUUAUUUUUGUCUUGCUUCUUGUUAAUAUUGUAUGUAAGUGUGACAUUUGGGGAGUGAACAUUUAUUGUUUGUUCUUUCUCCCUCUUUAAGAGGGAAAGAGACAUACCUUCUCUUGGCCACCUGCAUAUCUAGGUGUUCUUUGAAAUAUAAGUAGAUUGAAGUUUUGAAUAUUCAAGCCUUUAAAAUUAGAAGUGUGCCAUUAUUAGAAAGUAUUUUGAUUAAAUGUUUGAAACUAGAGGGGGAAAGCACAAAGUGGCACAUGCUGUUUGAAAUCUAAAAGGAGUAAAAUGAGGUUUUAGCCUGUACUUAAUCUUGUGGGAAGAUAUUUAUUGGAUAACAACUUUAGCAUGAUGGUAGUUGAGACUUCUUUGCAAACAUAUGGUAACAUAAUGAUGACUUGCUAAAGUGGGAGGCUUAUUUGGGGGCCUAGAAAGUGAAAGUAAAAUGGAUAGAUCUAACACCACUAAUAGUAGUUAUCCCUCAGUUGAAUUUAAAGAAGAUUCACUCUUUCUACAUAAUAUUUAUAUUCAGGCUUUGCUAUAUUUCAGAAAACACUCUAAAUCUUGUCGCUUCAAUAGCUUGUUAGAAAGUUGAAGUAGAUAUCAGUAAAGCAUUAUAAUCCUUUUUUCUUUGUCGAGGUGGGCUUGGUUUGAAAAGGGCGAUCAACCUGUGGGUUUUGAUUCAUAUACUUAUUCUGAACAGGCCUCAGAAGUUGAUUGGUAUGCAGUAGUGCCUCAGGGUAACAUAACAGACUAAAGUAGGAGACAUUUGCUGAUUUGUCUGCAUUAAACUGUAUUUGGUGCCCUUGACCAGGCAGGGAUUCAAAAGGCCCACUCCUAUCUCUUCUUGUACCUAAUUGAGUAUAUGGUGAUCUAUUUCAGUAUAGACAUGCAAAUCAUUGAUGGCAGGUAGCAAGAGAGAGUCAGUUUGGUUUAGUGGUUAGAAAUCUAGAAAGAAGAUGUGUCACCUUAUCUAUUAAAACCAAUUGGGUGAUCUUGGGCCAGUCAGUCUCUCUCUCUCUCAGGCCAACUUACUUCAAGGUUUGUUGCUUCUUCGUAAAAAUUAUAAAGGUGGGAUUUGUUGUUGCUAAGUUGUGUCUGACUCCUUGUGACCCCAUGGACCACAGCAGCCAGGUCUCCUGUCCUCCACUAUCUCCUGGAGUCCUUCCAAAAUUACACUCAGUGUGUUGCUGGCACUAUCUAACUAUCUUAUUCUCUGCUGAUUCCUUCCCCCUUUGCCUUCAAUCUUUCCCAACAUCAGGGGCUUUUCCAAUGAGUCCUCGCUUCUCAUUUGGUGGCCAAAAUAUUUAAGCUUCAGCUUCAAAAUGCGUAAGUAAAAAUAAACAAAAAAGUAGAUAACUUGCAUUCUUAGAAAGGACUGGCAGAUUCCAAUUAAAUGUUAAAAAAAUAAUAUCUGAUGGACUGAACCAUUUGCAUGGAUGCUUCAACACCUAGACUUUCUCAGCCAGCAUUGGUUGGGAAAUUCUUGGGGUUGACGUCCACACAUUUGAAAGUUGCCAAGGUUGAGAAACACUGGCCUGAAUGGCUUCUGCUUUCCUUGGGAGUCUCCCUUUUCCAGCAUUGUGCUUUCCUAUGUCGUACAAGGAGCAACUGGUAAUAAUACAUGUAUUUAGGUUUGCAAGUGAACCAAAACUUAGAUCCUCCUGAAAGUAGUUUGUUUAUCCUAGUUUCACAAGCUAGUCCCAAUGUUCUCAGAAAAAAAUGUUCUGCUAUAAACCACUGCCCUUCUUAUGCUAAGAUCUAGGUAUAGCGUUUCCGUUUUUAGUGACUUAACAGAACUGUCUUUUUAUUUUACGGGAGAUUUAGGUGUAGAGAAAUUUUGAAUUUCUCUCUUCUUGCUUCAUCAUCAAUAAAUUAUUUUUUAUUUAAGAAUGAGCUUUGGGAGCCAGAACGGGAGGUGACUACUAUAUUUGGUAUGGAAGAUAACAGCCUUUAGCCAAUACAUAGCUGCAUUACCUAGAGAAGCUUCCCUCUAUAUUAAAAAAAAAAAAAAACCCACCACAUUCCCAUUUGCAAACUUUUCUGUGAUUUAUUUAGAGAGAUACUUUAUACUGGUCUACUUCCAGUAGACCUGCUAUUUUCUUUUUUUAAUUUCAUAUGCUUACAUUUUGUAUAAAUUUUUUGUUCUAUUGCAACUGUUCACCUAGAUACUUCAUUGCUAUUUUACUACAUUUAGUAAAUGUGAAAACUCUACUCUGACUAUCGAGGAUGGAGGAAAUGCAGGUAGAGAGAGAGUAAAGGGUUAACCUCCAUUUUACACCCCAGAUAAUAUAGAAUAUUUUAAUUUCCAGAUCUAGAUUUUAUUUUGCUUUUCAUGUAUGAUUUCUUUAAUUGUGUUAGAUAAUAAACAUUUUCAUGUUUUCAGCUUCUAGAUCAUGUUAACAAACACAUUAGUCAGAUGAUAUCUUACUUAGAUAUGAUUACUGAUUAAGAAAUAUCUGGUACUUUAUUAACUUUUCUUAAUGCUGUAUUUUCUUUACCUGAUAAUUAGAGAAAACAAUGAUCUCUACAUUUAUCUUUACAAUAUUAUUUUAUAUGUUAGCAUGAAUUGAUAUUCAUAGGUUUUUACCUAAUCAGUUAGCGUUUGGACAAAUGUUGAGACUCCUAAAUAAUUCAUUAUAUAAAAUUUUUGCUACUCUUCUAUUGCAUUUUUAUAUGUAAUCACAUAUAAACAAUAAUUCAUUCAAAAGAUCUCAAUAGCCUGUCCAGAUUAUACUUGUUAGAGCUCUAUGUUUUUAAAGGGAAUACUAAAUUGGAUAUUACUUUUCAAGAAUUAAUGUAAGCAGUGAAAAUUUUAUCUUUCACAAACUACAUUUGUGAAAUAUCCCUUCUCCACCUCGUAACUGGUAUGAAAACAGAUUGUGAGAGGUCCUAAAGUAAAUAUUAAUGUGAGGAAAUGCCAAAGAACUUUUAAUUCUCCUUUGCUGUCAUGCUAAUGUUUUGUGAAUGUAAAUCAGUGACAUUUUAAUUUAAUAACCAAAUACUUCCUUAAGCUUGUUGAUAUUUCCAAAUUUUUGUUUAGAAAGAAGCAUUAGGAUAAUACUCAUGGUACUGGAAAAAAGUGAGGUAUAGGUCUUAAGGGCUAGAGUACUUUUUCAAAAUAAAAACUGGCAUUAACUAUCAGUAAUUAUCAGUGAGUGAGUCAAGCUGGUGUAUGUUUACUUGAGUCCCACUGAUUUUAAUAAAUAUGAAUAUGUUAUAGAACAUAGCCAUCUUGAAGAAGUUAAAAGUGAUAAAGCUGGUUUUAUGGCUCUAGAUCAGAUGUGAUGUGACCAGUCUGCUGGUUGUAUGUGGCCCCUGGCAAACCCAUAAGAUAAUAAUAAAUAUUAAAAAAUAAAGGAACUUUGUUAUUUAUAUACAGUAAUUAUAUUAUAUAUUUUAUAUGCAGUCCAAGACAAUUUGUCUUCACUCAAUGCAGCCUAGGCAACUAUGGUUGGAAAACUUCUCUAGAUCACACAUGUCAAACUCAUGUCACGUUGCCGUUACGUGACAUAUCGUGACAUUUUUUCCCUUCGCAGAGCUGGGAUGGCCUAUUCAACGGCAUCUAGCCGUUGGCCAUUAGAUUGACGCUCCUGCUCUAGACUCAUUAAUUAGGAUUUGCACUAAUGCUAAGAGUAUCUUGACUUUUUCUUUGAAUAGCUAUUUGCUUUUUAUUUCCAGAAAAAAAAUGCUUCUGAAAGUAGCUCAAAAUGCUACUAUCAAGACUUGACUGAUCUUGACAAAAUCUGAACAUAUGUCAGACUAUGGAACUGCUGCCAUGAUAUGGUAGUUGCUGAGCAUUGUUUAAGAGUUUUCUUUUCAGAUCACUUUUACAAUGUUUUGCAAUGUUAUUAAUCAGAGUGAUGAAGCUAAUUCUAUUGCUUGGAGAAAUUGAUACCUAAGGCAAUAUUUUGUAGAGUUAAACAAUUGUAAUGAUAUUCAGAUUGCUUUAUUAAACGUGAUUGAAAGGUACUGCACUUUAUGGCUGCAGUUUUUAAAAUGAGUUGCACAUUCAAGGUUUCUAAUACUAUAGAUCAUUGUGUCAUAUUUCUCUAUUUAUUAAAACAUAAUUUUGAAGCUAUCAUCAUUUUCUCCAAAAGUAUCUUAAACCAAUUUUCUAAUGAUGAGUUAAAGGGUAGCAUUACUCAUACAACUGGGUCUGUCAUAUAAAUAACCUGAAUGGUUGAAAUACCGUAGUUGUUACCAUAUGAAUGUAUCUUUGCUUGAAGCAGCUUUUUUACAUUUGCAAAUGAAAUAUUUUAUUUAAUUGGUUUAGUAUCAUUUAUUUUCACGCUGUUGAAAAAACAUUGGCUCAAAAUAAGAUUUCUGUGUAAUGAUAAACCUCCAAAGUUGUAUAAUUAGUGCAUUCUUCAGUGUGAGCCUUAAUUUGGAAUCAUUUUGCAGAGAUUAUUAGAAAAAAAAAAUCUGUGGAUUUCACCAAAGAUUUUACUAGUCCACGAUCAGUCACAAUGUACUAGGAAGACCAGAAACACAGCUUUAAGGUAAUAUGAGGUUGAGAAGUGGAAUUGAGAGGAAGGUCCAAUAGAUAUGCUGCUUUGGACUCUUGAAAGAAACGUAAAAUAUAAAUAAAUAGAUUUCAUUGUGGCCCUCAAUUAUAACUGAAUACCCAGUUAUUCUUGUCCCAAUUUUACUGUAUCCCAUUUCAAAGCCAUCUUAAACUCUGAUAUGGAGCAAGUUCCUUAAUAUUACUUGUGCACUGCAUUAAUAACUGGAAGUUUUUAUUUUAAAACUGUCUUCAUAUCUUGUUUUAUUUUUUGUCUUUAAAUAAAAACUGUCUUUAGUAUGCCUUGUGUAAUUAGGGAAGAAGUAACAAAGUUUUCCAAUAGAUCCUUUAAGCUGCAAUAUUUUGUUUUUGGUAGUGCUUUAAGUUUAGUUGAUAUUUGGUAUCUCUCUGUUCAGCUGCACAGGAUUUUAAAUACUAGAGAUAUUAGAAUAACAAAAUACUUGCUAAUAGAUCCUUUAAGCUGCAAUAUUUUGUUUUUGGUAGUGCUUUAAGUUUAGUUGAUAUUUGGUAUCUCUCUGUUCAGCUUCACAGGAUUUUAAAUACUAGAAAUAUUAGAAUAACAAAAUACUUGCUAAAACAUGUAUGAGAAAGCCUCUUCUUCUAAAUCCAGUAACAAUGUUUGUAUUUUAAUGUAGUUACCAAAUGAUUUUAUGUACACAUAGUGGUUGUGAAGAGGUUUUUUUUAAAUAUUGUUUCUAUUCACAGUUGACAUGUUCAUGCAUGUUGUAAGAAUAUACAAGGGAAAAUCUAGGUGGUGGAGGAGUUGAAGAAAUUAGACUAGGCCUUGAUGUAUAUGUUGAUAUAACAAGCAUUUUUCAGAAAUGAAAGCUGACACAAUUAAAUAUUGUUGAAGUACUUCAAGUGCUUCACAAAUGCUUCUGCUAGAAUGCUGUUUGGCUAGUACCUACACUGCAACUGCAAUUAGUGGAGUUCUCUGUAAGGGAUUGGUAAUCAUGAAACCUACUAUGGAAUCUCUGGCUUAUGUUGAUGAAUGAAAGCUACUUUGUUCGAUUUGCUCUGGUAUUUGCUAAUGUUCCUGCAAUUGCCAUUUUAGUUUACAAACAUGUGCAGCACUUGGUUUUUGUUCUUUUCUAUUUCAGUGAUUAUUUUUGCCCAGCAUAUAUACUGCAGACAAAAGUGGAAUUAUCUUAAUUUUGGAGAAGAUAAUCCACUAUGAUGGUUAGUUCAGAAAGAAUGAGAGUGGGUGAGGCCAGGUUCUUGAGCUUUUUCUUAGUGCAAUUGCCUAGUGGAAAACCUUCACAGCUUCCUGUGGCCUUUGUAGGGCCUUUAAAGGAUAUAAAAAUCAGUUCUAGCUUCUCUUCCCUCAUACUAUGCCCUUAGGUAAAUUCUCAUGGGUUUGGAUGUAUUCUGCAAUACCCAUGUUGGUACAUCUAUGGGAUGGGUUGGAAAUAUUAAGGAUUUCUUAAUAUUUGUCAGACAUUCAGCCUUUUGCCACAAGACUCAAGUGAAUUUAUCUAGGGAAGUGUAGCUUCUUGUUCCUUUAAAAAAAUGAAAACCUAUACGUUUUAUAUAUGUAGUAUAUUACCAUUGUGUAAAAUAAUGUUAAUAUAUAAUAAAAUUGCAUGAAUAGCCAAAGUUCUAAGUAAGUUUUCAGUGUUAUUUUCUUGAAUACAAGCAUAUUUAGACAAGGCAUUAGGAAGACUUUUAUAAUCUUAAGGUGUUUAUAAGAAAAGAGAAAAAUAUGUAUCUUCAAUAAUAAUUUUAAUUACCAAAUCUGAUUCAGAGCUUUGCAAGGUUAAUCUGACAUUUCUCAUGCACAGUUUGGAGGCCUAAUUGCUUAAAAAAAUGAUAUAUUAGUUACUGCACAUCCUAACAUAAUGAAGUUCCUUGAAAAAUCAGUCUGUUUUUUUUCUAUUAUUAGAUUUUUUGCAAGAAAAAAGUUAUGGCACUCUUUCUUUUUACAAGAGUUGGGGAAAGUGUUAAAUAUUUUCUUUAAGAACUGAUUGAGGGAUUUACUUUGUCUAAUAAUGUAGAUUUGUUUUAAACGUUGUAGUAAAUCAUGUUAAUAUGUAUGUGCAAGAAGACUUACAGAACAAUUGUAUUUUUAAAAAUAAAUAUUUUUUAACAAAAAAUUAUCUUGGAAUAUUAUUUUCUUCCAUGGUAGACAGAAUAUGCCACAACAGUACAAUUUAAAAAUAUUUUGCCAGAAGUGAAUCUUAUAGCCUGCUUCUAUGGUACUGUUCUUGAAUUUGGAUGUAAUUAAAUGACACAUAUUCAUCAUAGAGUACCCUAUUGAAAUCUGAGGCUUCUAAAUUAAAAUACUACUGUAUUGUUGGGAUUCAGUUUGAAAAUCUUGCUUUGCAAGAAGAGAACAAACCCUCUUUAAUAUAUCUUUAAUGUUUUCAGAGAUAUUUGCAGAUUAUGAUUAUUUUAUGGAUAGUGAAGAUUGCCCUCUCAAAGAAAUAAGACCAGAGAAAUAAGUGUAAAGGAUAUCCUGUGGCAAUGAUAAGCAUAUGACUGCCAAAUCAAAAUGUAACUAGCGCCUCUCCUACCUCUCAGAAUUGGCUCUGAAGGUCUUGAUGAGCAACAAGGAAGCAAGCAAGCAAGCAACCAACCAGGCAAGGUGACUGUGUCUUCUGAGGUUUCCUUUUGGAUUGCAGUGUGAAACGAUCUAGCACCAAGGGCUGAAUAUAGUCCCCUUUCACUAGAUUGGGAUUAUUUUGUCCUAUUUAUAUACCUUGGUUUUAAAAUGACUGAAUCCAAAUCCCUUUCUUCCUAUGUUUCCAAUAACUGAUCAAUGCAGUGUUUCGUUUUCAUAUACCAUAUAUCAGUUAGAGCAGGCUUCAUAUCUAUUUCACAGCCUCCCAGUUGCCAAGUUCUCAUUGUAGAUUGUGCUACUUUGUCAAUGUGGCAAAGUGCUUCAGUGGGUGGUAGUUUAUAAAUUCCAGACUUUAGUAGGUGAAACUGACUUUUUAGAUCCAUUUCAGUCUGGUUUCAGGCCUGAUUAUGGAAAAGGAAGUCAUCCUGUAGGAUGACUUGGACCUCUCAGUGGCUUUCAAUAGCACUGAUUGAUAUUCUCCUAGAACUAUCAGAGUUGGGAAGCACACAGUACUAGAAUGAUUCCAUUUUAUUUGACCACUUCAUUAGGAUUUCCAGAAAUCCAGAAGGAUUUAUUAAAUGUAUACGCUAUUCAACUCCCGACGACUCUGUGUGAUUUCUGCCUCAUGGCGGUUGGCUGUCUGAACCUUUCAGAGCUCAGCUAUGUUUUUUAAUACCUCCAUCAAUGGUUCUCAACCUGAGCAAAUUUAAGAUGUGUGGAUUUCAACUUCUGCUCUGACUAGGGAAUUCUGGGAGUUGGAAGUCCACACAUCUUAAAAGUUCCUGAGGUUGAGAAACACUGAUCUACAUAUGACUGCUGGGAGAGUGUAAGAUGAGCAUAUGUCAGUCAUUAAUAAGCAGAUGACAUUCAGCUCCACCACUCCUUUUUAUCUAACCAGGUGAGGUGCUUGGUGUUCUAAACUAGUGGUUGGCAAGAAAUGGACUAGAUGAUGGCCAAUAAACUGAGACUUAGUAUAGACAAGACAGAAAUCCUGUUUAUGGGUGGCAGGUCUGUCCAGCCAAAUGGUGCCCUGCCUGUCCUAAUGGGUGUCUGUACUUCAGGUUAUUUCUCAUAUGUAUCCCAGGCCUUAAAGUCAUCCCAUGAGGCUCUCUAGGUCUCCUCCAACAGGUCUUUACAAGGGAGAGAACUUUUUCUGUGGUGGAUACCAAUUUAUGGAUCUUUUCCCAAGAAAGCUGGACUGGCACCCCCGUUUGCAUCAUUUAGUUCCAGAUAAAGACAAUGUUUUUCUUUUCCAAGGCUCUUCAAUUGAACUUUAAUUCUAUUUCUUUGAAUUAUUUUUGUGCAGCUACUAGUGUUUUUGUUUUUAUGUUAUUUGAUUUGAUUUUAUUUAUUUAUUUUUAUUCAAAUUGUAUUUUUAGUAUAAACCACCCAAAAACCUUUGGCUAUUGAGCAGUCUAGAAAACAAUGAAUAAAGCAACAAAUCAGGU